CAGAGCCCCAUUUUUUUCCCCAGCCAUGGGCCUACGGCGACGGUGGCUUAGCCCUCGAUUGCUGGGAUGGUUGUUGUUCCCCUCCCUGGUAGCCUUCGUGCCGGGCGCCCUGCCGCGUCUGCGGCCUGCUCCGGACUCAACCAGGGUGGCGAUGUGCAUGGACGAUCCCGGGCGCUUGCUGCAGGGCUGGAAGGCCAAGUCGAAACGCGGACCGGCCAAGUACCAUCUGCCGACGGGUGGCCCCAAUGUCACCAAGACUGCUGACCUCAUGGAACUCCGUGUGUCAUAUACCGUGGAUACCAGUAACGUCCUGUCCAACGAGCGGCAGCUUCUCAAGCUCCUCCGCAGCGAUGCCGUGGAGCAGCGACGGAACGCCUCCGAGGCAUUACUAACGGCUCCUUGGUCGGGCAGACCACAGCGGCAGACCCUGCUGAAGUUGUUGCAUGCAGUGCUGGACGACGACCUCAUCGUGCGCGAAAACGUGGCGCACUUGUUGAAGCAUCUCUGUGUCGAGUAUCGUUGGGAGAUGGAUGAGUGGAUUGCCCUGCUGGCACAAAAGAUCAACCCCGAGAGCAGCCAGCACAUUGUGACGCAGAUCUACGUCAUGAAGGCGCUGGGAAUCCUCGGGCCCUACGCCAGCAGCUAUUCUGGCUACAUUACGAGAUUUUUCGACCACGAAGAGGAGCCCAACUUGGCAAUGGGAAAGCAAAAAAGGUUCCAUGGGCAAUUGCGCAUGGUUCAAAAUUACUCCUUUCUCGUGGAUAUAUAUAUAUGA